GAUUUCCUUUUUCGUUCUGGAUCCUUGAUAAUGAUUCCUUGGUCAAUGAUAACGUUCAAUGGUUUCUAUCAAUUUACUAAAUCCCCAUCCACGGUUGACAUGUCCCAGUCGUUCAUGGAAACAUAUAUCUAUCGCAAUGAUGCUCCACUCAACAUUUCUUGCAAACCAUUCAAGCAGUCCUUCAAUCCAGCAUCAGCAUGGAUCUCAUUGCAAGAGCUGGCAUCCAAACACCUACUGGGCCUGUCCAUAGCCCUCUAGGACAAGCUUGGGGCUAUGGCAUCAUUCUCGGCAUUGGCUUCUUGUUCGCACUUGGAAUGGUCUUCGUCACAUGGGCCUUGAAGCGAUACAACAAUGAGGAACAAACAUCAGAGAUGUUCAGCACUGCUGGAAGAUCAGUCAAAUCCGGCCUCGUUGCAUCUGCUGUCGUAUCUUCUUGGACUUGGGCUGCAACCCUUCUUCAGAGUUCGAGCGUCGCCUUCCGCUAUGGUGUGUCCGGUCCACUGUGGUACGCAGCUGGUGCAACGGUUCAGAUCUUGCUUUUUGCUACCGUUGCCAUUGAAUUGAAGAGAAGAGCACCCAAUGCCCAUACCUUCCUCGAAGCUGUCAAGGCUCGCUAUGGACCGUACACUCACUUUGUGUUCAUCGUCUUCGGUCUCUUCACCAAUAUUCUUGUCACUGCCAUGCUGCUGACUGGUGGAUCCGCCGUCAUCUCUUCCCUCACGGGAAUUCCUACGGCUGCCGCUUGCUUCCUGCUCCCUUUGGGUGUUAUAAUAUACACCAUGUUUGGUGGUAUCAAGGCUACCUUCCUCACUGACUACGUCCACACCGUCAUUCUUCUGGUCAUCAUCCUGACAUUCGCGUUCACGACCUAUGCAACUGGAUCCCGGCUCGGAUCCCCACGUGUUGUCUACGAUCUCUUGACUGAGGCUGCUGCAGCCAACCCCGUGGAGGGAAAUGCCCAUGGAAGCUACCUGACCCUGAGGUCGCGCGAAGGAGCCAUCUUCUUCGUCAUCAACAUCAUUGGAAACUUUGGCACUGUCUUCAUGGACAACGGAUACUACCAGAAGGCCUUGAGCGCAAGCCCUGUUCACGCCCUUCCUGGAUACAUCAUUGGCGGUCUUUCUUGGUUUGCCAUUCCCUGGCUCUGCGCAACAACAAUGGGUCUGGCUGCUUUGGCUCUGCAAAGCAACCCCGUCUUCCCCACGUACCCAUCACCCAUGGAUGAUGCGAGCAUCAGCUCUGGUCUCGUUCUUCCCUACGCCGCAACUGCAAUCCUUGGGUCCGGUGGUGCCGUAGCCACACUCCUCAUCAUCUUCAUGGCCGUGACCUCUGCCUUCUCGGCACAGUUGAUCGCCGUUUCUAGUAUCCUGACCUACGACAUCUACGCUACCUACAUCAACAAGGAAGCCACCGGCAAGCGCCUCAUCUACAUCUCCCACACCUGCGUCGCCGGCUUCGGCUUGGUCAUGGCCGGUGUCUCCACGGGCCUGUACUACGCUGGAAUCAGCAUGGGCUACCUCUACCUCCUAAUGGGUGUCAUCAUCUCCUCCGCCGUCAUCCCCGCAACCCUGACCCUGAUGUGGAAGAGACAGAACGUCUGGGCCGCAACCCUGAGCCCCAUCCUCGGCCUCGUCUGCAGCAUCGUCGCCUGGCUCGUCACCACCGCGAAGCUGAACGACGGCGUCAUCUCCGUCGCCACCUCCGGCUCCAACAUGCCCAUGUUGGCCGGCAACGUCGUCGCCCUCCUCUCCCCCCUCAUCUUUAUCCCCGUCCUAACCCUCGCAUUCGGAGCCGAUAACUACGACUGGGUCUCCAUGCAACAAAUCCGCGUCUUCAAAGACGACGACGCGGCCACCUCCACCAUCGACAUCGAGCCCUCGGUCCUCCACGGCGCCUCCUCCCCCACCUCCUCCGCAUCCGAGGCCGAACUCGCCAACCUCAACCGCGCCUCCAAGAUCGCAAAGUGCACGACGGGCGCGAUGACGCUGAUCCUCCUCGUCCUCUGGCCGAUGCCGCUCUACGGCUCCGGCUACGUCUUCAGCCUCAAGUUCUUCUCCGGCUGGGUCGUCGUCGGGAUCAUCUGGCUCAUGUGCUCGACUAUCGCCGUCGGCGUGUAUCCGCUCUGGGAGGGAAGGCAUAGCUUGAAGCAUACGCUUACGAUGAUGUAUAAGGAUGUCACUGGGCAGAGGGUGCCGAGGGUGAGGGCGCAGGUCGUCGAGGGGAGGGAGACGGGUGGGUCAUCUACGCCGGUUAGGGAGGAGUGGAAGGUUGAGGGGGAGAAGUAGACGGUUUUGUGAAUGUGGUGGUGCAGAUGCGUGUGCGAAAGAUUAAGUGAUUGAGCUCUGGUGGGGAGUCGGUGGGGAGGAUGUCCCAGAGAGUCGCUGCGUAUCUUGUGUGGAGUGAAGUUUAUACCCUGAGUUUUGAUUUAGAAAUGUCUACCUG